AUGGAGGGACGUCCAGAUGCUGUCAAAUUCUCUAAAAUUUUCACAUUUCAGCUUUCUGGAAGAGCAUUCGAACGGUUCAUGGGCAUCCAAAUGGCUUGGGGCCCCAAGAAUGAAGUAGAAGAUCUUAAGUCUUUGGAGUGCUCUCUAAAGAAAUAUUUAGCCUCUAAAGAGCUGGAGGUCUCCAAGCUAGUCGAAGCGGUGGAUGCAGCCAAGUUUGACAAGGCUAAGGCUAAGCAAGUAGCAACGCAACUGAAGGUUGACAUAGACGACGACUCCAAAUUGCACUCCAAGAUAGGAGUGGCUUCGAAGAAGCUGGAAGUGACUUUGAAGGCCAAGGACAAAGAAAUCGAGAGGCUUAAAUAG